AUGGCCGACAGCGAGGGUGGCUCCGAGCAGGACGACGUAUCAUUCCUCCGCACGGAGGAUAUGGUAUGCCUGUCUUGUACCGCAACAGGAGAGAGGGUCUGUUUGGCAGCUGAGGGUUUCGGCAAUCGACAUUGUUUUCUCGAAAAUAUCGCGGAUAAGAACAUACCGCCGGACUUGUCGCAAUGCGUGUUCGUGAUAGAGCAGGCCCUCUCGGUGAGGGCUCUACAGGAAUUGGUUACCGCUGCCGGCUCCGAGACGGGAAAGGGCACCGGGUCAGGGCACAGGACCUUGUUAUACGGUAACGCCAUAUUAUUGCGCCAUCUAAACAGCGACAUGUAUCUGGCGUGUCUAUCCACGAGUUCGUCGAACGAUAAGCUAGCCUUCGACGUCGGUCUACAGGAACAUUCUCAUGGUGAGGCAUGUUGGUGGACUGUGCACCCUGCCUCCAAGCAGAGAUCUGAAGGUGAGAAGGUGCGUGUGGGCGACGAUCUUAUCUUGGUGUCUGUCGCGACCGAACGAUAUUUGCACACGACAAAAGAAAAUGACCUGUCAGUGGUAAACGCAUCUUUUCACGUAACGCAUUGGUCGGUACAGCCAUAUGGAACAGGUAUCAGUAGGAUGAAGUAUGUCGGUUAUGUCUUUGGUGGUGAUGUGUUGAGAUUUUUCCACGGAGGCGACGAGUGCUUGACGAUUCCGUCGACAUGGAGUCCAGCACCCAGUCAAAACCUCGUAAUCUACGAGGGCGGUAGCGUGAUGAGCCAAGCGAGGUCGUUAUGGAGACUGGAGCUCGCCAGGACAAAAUGGGCGGGCGGCUUCAUCAACUGGCUACAUCCCAUGCGGAUCAGGCACUUGACAACUGGACGUUAUCUUGGUGUGAAGGAGAAUAACGAGCUCUAUCUAGUCGAUAGGAACGAGGCGACAAUUGAAACCUCGACGUUCUGGCUGCGACAAGAAAAAGAUGAUCAGAAGAUUGUUCUUGAAGAUAAGGAUCUGGAAGUUAUCGGUAUGCCGAUUAUAAAGUAUGGUGACUCUACCGUAAUUAUGCAACAUGCCACCACGUGCCUCUGGGUGUCUUAUAAAUCAUACGAAACAAAAAAGAAGGGCGUCGGAAAAGUCGAAGAGAAACAAGCGGUACUCCAUGAAGAAGGUAAGAUGGACGAUGGUCUAGAUUUUUCCAGAUCACAGGAAGAAGAAUCUCGCACCGCCCGCGUCAUCAGAAAGUGCAGUAGCUUGUUUACUCAAUUCAUCACAGGCCUAGAAACGCUGCAGGUGAAUAGAAGAGCGUCCAUGUUUUUUCAAAACGUAAACCUUAAUGAAAUGGUAAUGUGUCUUGAAGACUUGAUCAAUUACUUUGCUCAACCCGAAGAUGACAUGGAACACGAAGAAAAACAAAAUAAGUUUCGAGCUCUCAGGAAUCGUCAGGAUCUGUUUCAAGAAGAGGGUAUAUUGAAUCUGAUCCUCGAAGCUAUUGACAAGAUUAACGUAAUUACUUCGCAAGGAUUUCUCGUUGCUCUUUCCGGCGACGAGAGCGGCCAGGCUUGGGAUCAAAUAUCCGGAUAUCUCUAUCAACUACUGGCAGCCAUCAUCAAAGGAAAUCACACCAACUGUGCUCAGUUCGCCAAUAGUAAUCGUCUGAAUUGGCUUUUUAGCCGAUUGGGUUCGCAGGCUUCCAGUGAGGGAACUGGAAUGUUGGAUGUACUUCAUUGUGUCUUGAUUGAUUCGCCAGAGGCUUUAAAUAUGAUGAGGGAUGAGCACAUAAAAGUAAUUAUUUCUCUGUUGGAAAAACACGGUAGAGAUCCAAAAGUUCUGGACGUCUUAUGUUCGCUAUGCGUUGGUAAUGGCGUCGCGGUACGUUCUUCGCAAAAUAAUAUUUGCGAUUUUCUGCUGCCUGGAAAAAAUUUGCUCCUCCAAACGCAGCUGGUAGAUCAUGUGGCGAGCGUCAGACCGAAUAUAUUUGUCGGUAGAGUUGAGGGCUCGGCACUUUAUCAGAAAUGGUAUUUCGAAGUGACAGUGGAUCACAUUGAACAGACAACUCACAUGAUGCCGCACUUGAGAAUCGGAUGGGCAAACACCGCUGGAUAUAUGCCGUAUCCUGGCGGUGGUGAAAAGUGGGGUGGAAACGGCGUAGGUGAUGAUUUGUAUUCAUUUGGAUUCGAUGGCGCUUAUUUGUGGACCGGCGGUAGGAAGACGCAAGUAGUUCAAAAUGCCACUGAGCCUUACAUACGAAAAAGCGAUGUGAUCGGUUGCUCGUUAGACCUGACGGUGCCGGUGAUAAUGUUUACUUUAAAUGGCACUCACAUCACGGGUUCUUUUCGGAACUUCAAUUUAGAUGGUAUGUUCUUCCCUGCUAUCAGUUGCUCGUCUAAACUUUCCUGCAGAUUUUUGCUGGGCGGUGAUCACGGUCGACUAAAGUUUCAACCGCCAGAAGAAUUUUCGCCACUAGUGGAGAGCCUGCUGCCGCAACAAAUUCUGUCACUGGAUCCUUGUUUCUAUUUUGGUAAUAUGAACAAGGUGGUUCUGGCAGGUCCGUGGCUAGUUGAGGACGAUACCGCCUUCGUUCCAGGUCCGGUUGACACUUCCAUGGUCAACCUGCCUGCCUAUGUAGAGCAGAUUAGAGAUAAACUAGCGGAGAAUAUACAUGAAAUGUGGGCAAUGAAUAAAAUUGAAGCCGGUUGGAUCUAUGGCGAGGUUAGGGAUGAUCUUAGGAAGAUACAUCCCUGUAUAGUACAAUUCGAGCGACUGCCAGCCGCGGAAAAGCGCUACGAUACUCAGCUGGCUGUGCAGACCUUGAAAACCAUUUUGGCACUGGGAUAUUACAUUACCAUGGAUAAGCCCCCAUCUAGAAUAAAAACUUUGAGGUUGCCAAAUGAACCGUUUUUGCAAAGUAGUGGAUAUAAACCAGCGCCCCUUGAUCUGUCUGCGAUCACGUUGACCCCGAAAAUGGAAGAACUCGUAGAUCAGCUAGCAGAGAAUACGCACAAUCUUUGGGCAAAAGAAAGAAUCAGCCAAGGAUGGACGUACGGAUUGAACGAGGAUUCGGAAAUGAGGAGAAGUCCCCAUUUAGUACCAUAUCCAAAAGUCGAUGAAGCCAUCAAAAAAGCUAAUCGAGAUACAGCCAGCGAAACCGUUAGGACUCUGCUGGUUUAUGGAUACAUGCUUGACCCACCCACUGGAGAACAGCACGAGGCAUUACUUUUGGAGGCUAGCAGAUUACGACAAUUAUCCUUCAGGACUUAUAGGGUUGAGAAGCAUUAUGCAGUUAGCAGCGGAAAAUGGUAUUUCGAAUUCGAAGUUCUGACAGCUGGGCCUAUGCGAGUCGGUUGGGCGAAAGCUGAUUGUAUGCCAGGAAGUAUGCUAGGCAGUGACGAAAGUACUUGGGCAUUUGAUGGUUACAACGUGACUAAAGUGCACGCUGGCACCCACGAGUCAUUUGGUCACAGAUAUCAAGUUGGCGACAUAGUUGGAUGUUUCAUUGACGUGGCAGACCGAACGAUCAGUUUCUCCUUGAAUGGAGAACUGCUAAUGGAUGCACUCGGCGGUGAAACUUCUUUCGCCGAUGUGCAAGGCGACUCUUUUGUACCUGCGUUCACCCUUGGUGUUGGGCAAAAGGCAAGAUUAACAUUCGGCCAAGAUGUAAACACCCUGAAAUUUUUUACUACUUGUGGUCUGCAGGAAGGUUAUGAACCGUUCUGUGUGAACAUGAAUCGUCUAGUUACGUAUUGGUACACAAAAGAUCAGCCUAUUUUCGAGAAUACUGACGACAUGGCCGACACGCGAAUUGACGUGGCUAGGAUACCAGCUGGUUCCGACACACCGCCGUGUCUGAAAAUCUCCCACAACACGUUCGAAACCAUGGAGAAGGCUAAUUGGGAAUUUCUACGAUUAUCAUUGCCUGUGAUUUGCCAAUCUGGUUUCAUAACGGAGGGUGAGAAGUUGCGCAGGUGGCAGGAAAUUAAAAUGCGACAGAACAGACUUUUAGCCGAGCAAAUUGAGCAAGGGCAACAGACAGCACCAUCGGGUCAUUUAGAACAGAUCAUGAAAUCCGGCUUCAGUAUGAGUGACAUCAAAGGAUUGCAAAGAAAUUAUUCGGAAGAUGCUGUUGAGGCAGACGAGAUGAUGAAAGAAUCGCCGCUUCCUAUGCAAAGAGGUAAACCUGCCAGACCGCCCAGGAAAGGUUCACUUUAUGGAUCACGUUUAGAUAACGCGAUCAGUGACGCUGAAAUGAAUGGAUAUGGUGAGAUGAAUGGUGACAUAAAAGACGAGAAGAAGAAACGCGGUCGUUCACCUUUUCGCAAGCUUAGCAAAGAGAUGGAGGAUGCACCGUUCUUCUCGCGUAAAACGAAAUCACCGGAGACGAAGUCGAAAACGCCUGAACCGCAAAUACGCGCAGAUAUUUCAGAUAAAAGUACAAGAACGCUUGGAAGCAAAAAUAUCAAAACUCCGCAAAUUCGUGUCUCAACUACGGACUUGAAAGUCGUCCCCCCACAAAUCCCAGAACGUAACGUCCCCAAAGCGAUGUCCGUUUUAACCGGAAGUGGCGUCGAAGCGAUCGGUAAUGAAAUCUUCGACGCUGAGUGCAUGAAGUUAAUGAACGAGUAUUUCUACGGCGUUAGGAUAUUCCCCGGUCAAGAUCCGACUCACGUUUAUAUUGGCUGGGUUACUUCACAAUAUCACCUGCAUACGAAGGACUUUAAUUUAUCCCGCGUGAGGAAAGCUUCUGUUGCGAUUACAGAUGAUUACGAUCGUCUCGUAGAACAAGUCGAUAGACAAAGUUGUUAUAUGGUCCGAGCGGAUGAAUUGUACAACGAAGUUACUCAAGAUGCAUCGGGCAAGGGUGCAUCUCAGGGAAUGUUUGUUGGAUGCUUUGUUGAUACUGCCACAGGCUGGGUAUCCUACACUUGUGAAGGGAAAGAAACAAGUCACAAAUUCAAAAUGGAACCAGACACGAAGCUGUUUCCGGCGAUCUUCGUUGAAGCCACUAGCAAAGAAAUCCUACAGAUCGAACUCGGUAGGACCUCGACGACACUUCCACUAUCGGCAGCUGUACUGCAAAAUUCUGAACGACACGUGAUACCACAGUUUCCGCCAAGAUUAAAAGUGCAAUGCCUCAAGCCGCACCAAUGGGCCAGAGUGCCAAAUCAGUCUCUUCAAGUACACGCCUUGAAGCUGUCUGAUAUCAGAGGCUGGUCGAUGCUAUGCGAGGACGCUAUCUCAAUGCUGGCUCUUCAUAUACCUGAAGAAGACAGAUGUAUCGAUAUUUUGGAGCUUAUCGAGAUGGAUAAGUUGCUCAGUUUCCAUGCGCACACAUUGACACUGUAUGCAGCUCUGUGCUAUCAAUCGAAUUAUCGUGCAGCACACGCUCUGUGCCAACACGUUGACCAGAAACAAUUAUUAUACGCGAUACGAGCCGAGUACAUGUCCGGGCCCCUGCGACAAGGAUUUUACGACUUACUUAUCGCCCUACAUCUCGAGUCACACGCGACGACGAUGGAAGUGUGCAAAAACGAAUAUAUAAUACCGCUUGGUCAAGAAUUAAAGGAUUUGUACGAGGAUUACGAGAUGAAACAUAGUCUCAGGUACUUGGAAACUGAGUCUAUUCGACCGCAAAUGAAAAUGACAGAGAUCAGGAAUGUUCCUUCCAGUGACCAAGCGAUUGAGAACAUAAAGAAUCUAUAUAGUCCAUACUUUCCACUUGACGUCGUGCGGGAUUACGUGAUGAUGGCGCUCAACGAAGCCGUCGAAGUGAAUCAGGUGCACAACCGAGAUCCAAUCGGAGGCAGCAACGAGAAUCUUUUCCUACCUCUUCUGAAGCUGGUAGAUAGAUUGCUCUUAGUCGGUAUGCUAAGAAACGAAGAUAUAUUUAAGCUGCUCAUCAUGAUAAAUCCUGAAACCUGGGAUCCGUCUUUCGAUAAAGAAGGAAAAGAUGAGCACAAAAAAGGCUUGCUGCACAUGAAAAUGGCCGAGGGAGCAAAGUUACAAAUGUGCUAUCUACUUCAUCAUUUAAAUGACAUCCAAUUGCGCCAUCGCGUUGAGUCCAUUAUCGCUUUCGCUUACGAUUUUGUCGGAGAAUUGCAAGCAGAUCAAUUGCGACGUUAUAUUGAAAUCAAACAAUCAGAUUUGCCAUCGGCUGUGGCUGCCAAAAAGACUAGAGAAUUCAGGUGUCCUCCACGUGAACAAAUGAAUGCUGUUCUAAGCUUUAAGAGUUUAGAUUUCGAGGAAGAUCCAGAUAGUUGUCCCUGCGGCGAGGAUCUCAUUGUCAAAAUGAACGAUUUCCACAGCGACUUAAUGUCCUAUGUAUCACUGACUGCUCUUCAAGAAGCAGCUAAUGCCGCAAACGAACCAGCCGAAGAAAUUGAGAAACCUGGAGCUAUGAAACGCCUCUUUAAUUUUAUCAAUGCUGUUAAAGAACUCGAGGUAGAAUCUAAACCUGAAGCUGAACCCGAGAAAAAGACACCGGAAGAGGUAUUUCGCAAGGUGCUAAUAUCAACUAUCGUAAAUUGGGCUGAAGAAUCGCAAAUUGAAACAUCGAAACUCGUACGAGAGAUGUUCAGCUUAUUAGUCAGGCAAUACGAUACUGUCGGCGAGCUGAUCAGAGCCUUGGAGAAAACUUACAUCGUUAACAAUAAGACGAAGGACGAUGUCGCAUUAAUGUGGGUCGGUUUGAGCCAGAUCCGUGCUUUGCUGCCAGUACAAAUGUCUCAAGAAGAAGAAGCGUUAGUGCGAGAGCGACUGUGGAAGCUGGUGAACAAUCACACUUUUUUUCAACAUCCCGAUCUCAUUAGAGUGCUGAGAAUUCACGAGAACGUGAUGGCCAUUAUGAUGAAUACCUUAGGAAGACGCGCUCAGGCGCAGUCUGACGCUCAAACUCAAGCUCAAGCGGCGGAAGGUGAGCCAGCAUCAAAGGAGAAAGACACCUCUCACGAGAUGGUCGUGGCUUGCUGCAGAUUCUUGUGUUACUUCUGUCGUACAUCCAGACAAAAUCAGAAAGCCAUGUUCGACCACUUUGACUUCCUGCUAGAGAACAGCAAUAUUCUGUUAGCAAGACCGUCAUUACGAGGAUCGACGCCGUUAGACGUAGCAUAUUCGUCACUCAUGGAAAACACCGAAUUGGCUCUGGCCCUAAGAGAACAUUAUCUAGAGAAAAUCGCUAUCUAUUUAUCACGAUGUGGCCUGCAGUCUAAUUCGGAGUUAGUGGAGAAGGGCUACCCUGAUUUAGGCUGGGAUCCUGUCGAGGGUGAACGCUACCUCGAUUUCUUGAGAUUUUGCGUGUGGGUUAAUGGUGAAAGCGUAGAGGAAAAUGCAAACUUGGUAAUCCGUUUGUUAAUCAGAAGACCAGAAUGUUUGGGCCCGGCUCUUCGAGGCGAAGGUGAAGGUUUAUUGAGAGCUAUUAUAGAAGCUAACAAGAUGUCCGAACGUAUUGCUGAUAGACGAAAAGUACACGACGAGGCCGAGGGUACGGCUAUGGUGAUGCAAUUCGAACAUCCACUACCAGAAUCAGAUGACGAUGAAGACUACAUCGAUACUGGUGCGGCGAUAUUAAAUUUCUAUUGCACUCUCGUCGACCUAUUAGGCCGUUGUGCUCCGGAUUCUUCCGUUAUAGAGCAAGGGAAGAACGAAUCUCUUCGAGCCCGGGCGAUCUUAAGAUCAUUAGUACCCUUGGACGAUCUUCAUGGUGUGUUGUCUUUGCGGUUCACACUGCUCAAUCCCGCUGCCGGUGAGGAACGACCGAAAAGCGAUACACCGUCUGGUUUAAUACCAGGGCACAAGCAAAGUAUUGUGCUGUUUCUCGAACGUGUUUAUGGUAUCGAAACGCAAGAAUUAUUCUACAAAAUAUUGGAGGAAGCUUUCUUGCCGGAUCUUCGCGCCGCCACUAUGCUCGACAGAAACGACGGCUACGAAUCCGAAAUGUCGCUCGCUAUGAAUCGUUACAUAGGAAACAGCAUUUUGCCGUUGUUAAUUAAGCAUUCCAAAUUUUACAACGAGGCGGACAAUUACGCAAGUUUACUCGACGCCACAUUGCACACAGUCUACCGGCUCAGUAAAAACCGGAUGCUGACGAAGGGUCAACGUGAAGCUGUCUCGGAUUUCCUUGUAGCGUUGACUAGUCAAAUGCAGCCGAGUAUGUUGUUGAAAUUGUUACGAAAACUGACUGUCGAUGUGUCUAAAUUAUCAGAGUACACUACAGUAGCUCUCAGAUUGUUAACGCUGCAUUACGAUCGUUGCGCGAAAUAUUACGGUUCCACUGGCUCCACCGGUCAAGGUGUUUACGGUGCGUCGAGCGAUGAAGAGAAACGUCUCACGAUGGUCCUCUUUAGCAAUAUAUUCGAUUCCCUGUCUAAGAUGGACUAUGAUCCGGAAUUAUUUGGGAAAGCACUGCCUUGCCUGACAGCAAUCGGUUGCGCUUUGCCGCCAGAUUACUCUCUAUCGAAAAAUUACGAUGACGAAUGGUAUGGCAGCAAAUCGGCUUCGACUCAAUCACCCGAUGGUCCUUACAAUCCGCAGCCAAUCAACACUUCUAGCGUGGUGCUCAAUAACGAUCUUAAUCAAAUAGUACAAAAAUUCUCUGAACAUUAUCACGAUGCUUGGGCUAGUCGUAAGUUAGAGAACGGUUGGACUUACGGCGAGCAGUGGUCGGACGUGAAUAAAACUCAUCCGAGAUUGAAACCGUAUAACAUGUUGAGUGAUUACGAACGAGAGCGAUACAAGGAACCUGUCAGAGAGAGCUUGAAAGCUCUCCUAGCAAUUGGUUGGAGCGUGGAGCAUGCGGAGGUUGAUGUACCGUCGACCAAUCGUAGUUCGAUGAGAAGAUCUUCUAAGAGUCAAGGGGACUCGGCUAAUCCGUUUAACUAUAAUCCUCAUCCGGUGGACAUGACUAAUCUGACGCUGAGCAGAGAAAUGCAGAACAUGGCUGAACGUUUAGCAGAUAACGCUCAUGAUAUUUGGGCAAAGAAGAAGAAAGAAGAACUUACUACCUGUGGAGGUGGUAUUCAUCCUCAGCUGGUACCUUACGAUCUGUUAACCGACAAAGAAAAACGGAAAGAUCGUGAGCGAUCGCAAGAGUUUCUCAAAUAUUUACAAUAUCAAGGUUAUAAACUUCACAAACCUAAUCGCGGCGGUACAGAAACCGAAUUGGCUGGCGCAGUUGCUGCGGUAGAAUUAAGAUUCGCUUAUUCAUUAUUAGAGAAGUUGAUAGCUUAUUUGGACAAGGCGACGAUCAAUAUGAAGCUUUUGAAACCCUCCGACACGUUCAGCCGAAGAAACAGUUUCAAAACCUCGACAAGAGACAUCAAGUUCUUCAGCAAAGUGGUCCUUCCCCUAAUGGAAAAGUAUUUUAGCACGCAUAGAAACUACUUUAUCGCUGUGGCUACCGCCACGAACAACGUUGGUGCAGCGUCGUUGAAAGAGAAGGAGAUGGUAGCUGCUCUUUUUUGUAAGUUAGCAAGUUUGUUAAGAUCGAGACUCGCCGCCUUUGGCGCGGAUGUUAGGAUAACGGUUCGCUGCCUGCAAGUGCUAGUAAAAGGUAUAGACGCUAAGAGUCUCGUAAAGAACUGUCCUGAAUUCAUCCGAACAUCCAUGUUGACUUUCUUCAACAAUACCGCCGAUGAUCUGGGUCACACGAUUCUGAACCUUCAAGAAGGGAAAUAUAGUCAUCUCAGAGGUACCCAUUUGAAAACCUCCACAUCAUUAUCGUACAUCAAUAGUGUGGUUCUGUCAGUGCUCACUGCGAUGUUCGACCAUCUUGCUGCGUGCGAAUACGGCAGUGACUUGUUACUUGACGAAAUUCAAGUAGCAUCGUAUAAAAUGUUGGCGUCUCUGUACACUCUCGGAAUAGACGCUAGUCUAACGCAUGAUAGAAAGUACCUGAAGACUGAGAUCGAGCGACAUAAACCUAAUCUAGGCUCCUGCUUGGGCGCCUUUUCAAGCUGCUUUCCAGUGGCCUUCUUAGAGCCUCAUUUAAAUAAGCACAAUCAGUAUUCCCUUUUAAAUCGAAUCGCGGAUCAUUCUCUGGAAGCUCAGGAUAUCAUGACAAAGAUGGAAUCAAGUAUGCCAACCUUGGAGACUAUUCUUAGUGAGGUUGAUCAGUUUGUCGAAUCCGAAAAAACCUACAACGAUGCUCCUCACGUCGUCGACGUAAUUCUACCUUUACUCUGCUCUUAUUUGCCAUUUUGGUGGGCGCAAGGGCCUGACAAUGUGAAUCCGACUGAGGGUACCUAUGUGAGUAUGGUAACAAGUGAUCACAUGAAUCAAUUGCUGAAAAACGUGCUGAAGUUGAUCAAGAAGAACAUCGGCAAUGAAAACGCACCGUGGAUGACGCGCAUUGCGGCCUAUACGCAACAAAUCAUUAUCAAUUCGUCCGAGGAGUUAUUAAAGGAUCCAUUUUUGCCUCUCGCAGAACGCGUCAGAAAACGAACGGACACAAUGUUCCACAAAGAGGAAUCUCUUCGGGGCUUCAUUAAAUCUUCGACUGACGAUACCUCGCAAGUUGAGGCGCAGAUUCAAGAAGAUUGGCAAUUACUCGUGCGCGAUAUUUACUCAUUCUAUCCUCUAUUGAUAAAGUACGUCGAUCUUCAAAGGAAUCAUUGGCUGAGGAACAAUAUUUCUGAAGCCGAAGAUCUGUACAAUCAUGUAGCAGCUAUAUUUAACAUUUGGUCCAAGUCACAAUACUUUUUACGCGAAGAGCAGAAUUUUAUAUCCGCGAAUGAAAUUGAUAACAUGGUGCUCAUCAUGCCCACUGCAACAAGAAGACCUGCUGCAGUGUCUGAUGGUACUGCACCUUCCGGAGGAGGCAAGAAAAAGAAGAAGCAUCGCGACAAGAAGAGAGACAAGGACAAGGAAGUACAAGCAUCCUUGAUGGUCGCUUGCUUGAAGAGAUUGCUACCCGUCGGCUUAAAUCUUUUCGCUGGUCGCGAACAGGAACUAGUGCAGCAUUGUAAAGACAGAUUCCUGAAAAAGAUGCCGGAAUCUGAUAUCUCGGAAUUUGCCAAGACUCAACUGACACUACCGGAUAAGAUCGACCCUGCCGAUGAAAUGUCUUGGCAACAUUAUCUAUAUUCUAAAUUAGGUCAGAAAAAAGACGUAAUGGAGCCUGUAAAAGCUCAACAGUUGGAAGAUGUCGUUGCUAGAAUCACCGACAUGGCCAAAGUCUUAUAUGGUUUACAUAUGAUAGAUCAUCCACAACAGCAGAGCAAGAGUCAGUAUCGUUCAGUGGUGUCGAUCCAGCGUAAACGAGCGGUAAUCGCUUGCUUCCGCCAAACUUCCCUACAUUCCUUGCCAAGGCAUCGAGCAAUAAAUAUUUUUGCGCGAACGUAUUAUGAGUUGUGGCUACAAGAUGAAAAUGUCGGUCAAGAAGUUAUGAUCGAGGAUCUUACGCAAUCGUUCGAAGAUGCUGAGUUGAAGAAAAUGGAUAAGGCUGAGGAUGAAGGCAAGCCCGAUCCGUUGACACAAUUAGUGACAACAUUUUGUCGCGGUGCUAUGACUGAACGAUCAGGCGCUCUUCAAGAAGAUCCGCUUUAUAUGAGUUAUGCUCAAAUUAUUUCAAAAUCAUGCGGCGAGGAAGAGGAAGAAGGUGAAGAAGAAGGUGGAGGUGAAGAAGAAGGAGGAGCUUCGAUCCAUCUAGCAAAACAUCGUAGGCUGUCAAGAUUGUUUUCCUUCCAUCAUUCUAUUACUAACAAUACAAUUAAACAACGCACUUUUUCUUUUAAUGUAAUUCUGAAGAGGCCAAUGCAUAAAUUGAUGGAGCAAGAAAUGGAGAAACAGAAACUCUUGUUCCACCAAGCUCGUCUAGCAAAUCGUGGCGUCGCCGAAAUGGUCCUCCUGCACAUAUCAGCGUGUAAAGGCAUUCCAAGCGAGAUGGUAAUGAAGACUUUAGAACUUGGAAUUUCGAUCCUGCGUGGCGGUAAUAUCGAAAUUCAGCGAGGGAUGCUGAAUCAUUUGAAAGAGAAAAAGGAUGUCGGUUUCUUCACAUCCAUCGCAGGUUUAAUGAAUUCUUGCAGCGUAUUGGAUCUCGACGCUUUCGAGAGGAAUACGAAAGCUGAGGGUCUCGGUGUUGGUUCCGAGGGUGCAGCUGGUGAGAAGAAUAUGCACGACGCCGAAUUCACUUGUGCUUUGUUCCGUUUUAUCCAACUCACCUGCGAGGGUCACAAUCUCGAUUGGCAGAACUACCUCAGGACACAGGCUGGUAAUACGACGACGGUGAAUGUGGUCAUUUGCACUGUCGAUUACCUACUGCGAUUGCAGGAAUCGAUCAUGGACUUUUACUGGCAUUAUUCGAGUAAGGAACUCAUCGAUCCUGCCGGCAAAGCAAAUUUUUUCAAAGCUAUUGGCGUUGCUAGUCAAGUUUUUAACACCCUCACUGAGGUUAUUCAAGGCCCAUGCGCACAGAAUCAACAAGCUUUAGCACAUUCAAGAUUGUGGGACGCAGUUGGAGGUUUCCUUUUCUUAUUCUCGCAUAUGCAAGACAAACUGUCGAAACACUCCAGCCAGGUGGAUCUUCUGAAAGAAUUGCUUAACUUGCAGAAAGACAUGAUUACCAUGAUGCUUUCCAUGCUGGAAGGUAAUGUCGUGAACGGAACAAUUGGAAAACAGAUGGUAGAUACUUUGGUCGAGUCGGCUAGUAACGUAGAACUGAUUUUGAAGUAUUUCGACAUGUUCUUGAAAUUAAAAGAUCUUGUAUCAUCACCGAGUUUCCUGGAAGUUGAUCUUAACAAUGACGGUUGGGUGUAUCCUAAAGAUUUCAAGGAAAAGAUGGAACAGCAGAAGAGUUACACCAACGAAGAAAUUGAAUUUCUCCUGGCAUGUUGCGAGACAAAUCAUGACGGCAAAAUUGAUUAUGUCGCUUUCAUGGAUCGUUUCCACGAGCCGGCGAAGGAAAUUGGUUUCAAUUUGGCUGUAUUGCUCACCAAUCUAUCCGAACACAUGCCUAACGAACCGAGACUAGCCAGGUUCCUUGAGACAGCCGGCUCUGUUCUGAAUUACUUCGAGCCAUUCUUAGGCAGAAUCGAGAUCCUCGGUGGCAACAAGAAAAUUGAGCGCGUGUACUUCGAGAUCAAAGAGUCGAACAUCGAACAGUGGGAGAAGCCGCAAAUUAAAGAAUCGAAAAAGACCUACUUCUAUAACACGGUAGUCGAGGCUGGCGAAAAAGAGAAACUUGAAACCUUCAUCAACUUUUGCGAGGACGCUAUUUUUGAAAUGCAACACGCGAGUGCGUUGAUGACCGUAGAGGAAAGCGGCGGAAUUGGCAAAGCAAGAGAAUCGUCGUACACGUACAUGACUGAGGAUGAUGAAGAAAGAAAUAAAGAUCCAAUCAGGCGGAGUAUACAAGCUAUCAAAGAUGGUGUUUACUUUUUCUUUUAUAUGUUCUCGCCUACCAAUAUUAAGAAUAAGAUCGCUGAAAUGCAACAGAUGACGAUACCCGAGCUCUUCAUUGGUUUCUUCAAGAUGAUCUUCUAUGCCUUUUAUUAUUCUGGCUUUGGUUUUGGCUGCGUAAUUAAGUAUUUCAUGAGACUUCUAUUGACAUUAAUGAGAGGACCGCAUGUGGAGGAGCCUGUUGUAGUCAAGGAAGAGGAAGAGAAACCGUCAAGACAUUUACCCGCUUUGCCACCGACACCGGAUGAAUCGAAUUUACAAGUGCAAGCCUUCGGAAUGGAUAUAACAAAAGAAGAAGGAGGGCAGAUAAAAUUAGCACCGCACGAAUCGACUACUUCUACGCCGCAAUCCAGUAUCGAAGAAACGGGUGAGAGUACACCCGACGAGGGUACUGCCGAGGAGGGAGCGAAAGUUGAAGGAGGAGAAAGCGAACAGCCUGUUACUUUAGCUGAUCUACUCGGUGGAGAACAAGCCAGAGCGCAAGCUGCCGCAGCGGCAGAAGCAGCGGCGGCUCAACAAGCAGCUAUGGCAGCAGUUGAAGCCGAAGCAAAGCAAGAAAUUUCAGUCGAACCUUCUACAGGAUCGAGCAUCGAUCUGUCCCAAUACAGUCAUCGUAUAGUAUCUUUCUUGGCCAGGAAUUUCUACAAUCUGAAAUACGUCGCGCUAGUUCUCGCCUUUUGUAUCAACUUUAUGCUGCUAUUCUAUAAGGUUACGUCUUUGACUGAUGACUCGGACAAAGAAGGUAGUGGACAAAUAGCGGAUUUGUUAACGGAAAUAUCAGGCGAGGGGUCAUCGGGUUUGGCAGGUAGUGGCAUGGAAAUAGGCAGCGGUAGUGGUGAAAAUGGUUCGGAAGAGGAAGACGAAGAAGUUCAAGAAUUUGUGGAAGUGGCUGAGGAUUAUUAUUAUAUGGCUCAUGUCAUGAGAUUACUGGCUGCUCUUCAUUCAAUCGUUUCACUCGCUAUGCUAGUCGCGUAUUAUCAUCUAAAGGUACCAUUGGCUAUAUUCAAACGAGAGAAGGAAAUUGCACGACGAGUAGAAUUCGAUGGAUUAUACAUAGCCGAAACGCCGGAAGAGGACGACAUUAAGGCGCACUGGGAUAAAAUGGUGAUAUCAGCGAAGACUUUCCCAGUGAACUAUUGGGAUAAGUUCGUAAAGAAGAAAGUCCGACAAAAAUACAGCGAGACAUACGAUUUUGAUUAUAUUAGCAAUUUGCUCGGAAUGGAAAAGACUUCUUUCAGCCAGCAGGAAGAAGAAGGAUCUGGCUUAAUACAUUUCAUUGUGAAUAUCGAUUGGAGAUAUCAAAUAUGGAAAGCUGGAGUCACGAUCACCGAUAACGCAUUUUUAUACAGUUUAUGGUACUUUACAUUUUCAAUCCUCGGCAACUACAACAAUUUCUUCUUCGCUGCUCACCUAUUAGACGUCGCGGUCGGUUUCAAAACUUUACGAACAAUCUUGCAAUCAGUAACACAUAACGGCAAGCAACUAGUCUUAACAGUGAUGCUGCUGACAAUCGUAGUAUAUAUCUACACUGUAAUAGCCUUCAAUUUCUUCAGAAAGUUCUAUAUACAGGAGGAAGACGACGAAACAGACAAGAAAUGUCAUCAUAUGCUAACGUGCUUCAUUUUUCACUUGUACAAAGGCGUAAGAGCUGGUGGUGGUAUAGGCGAUGAGAUCGGUGAACCCGACGGUGACGAUUACGAGGUUUAUCGUAUAAUGUUCGACAUCACAUUCUUCUUCUUCGUGAUCGUCAUUCUGUUGGCUAUCAUUCAGGGUUUGAUCAUCGAUGCAUUCGGCGAACUUCGAGAUCAGCUCGACAGCGUAAAGACAAAUAUGGAGAGUAACUGCUUCAUUUGCGGUUUAGGAAAAGAAUAUUUCGACGCGGUGCCGCAUGGGUUCGAUACUCACGUGCAACAAGAGCACAAUUUAGCAAAUUACAUGUUCUUCCUUAUGCACUUAAUUAACAAACCAGACACCGAAUACACUGGUCAAGAGACUUACGUGUGGAAUAUGUAUCAACAAAGGUGCUUGGACUUCUUCCCGGUAGGCGAUUGCUUCCGCAAGCAGAACGAGACGGUAGAAGAAGAGGCCAAGAAAAAAUAAAAUUAAAUAUAACUCUAAUUAAGAUGACCAAUAGAAACGAUCGAUUUUACUUGACAAAGAAGACUCUCCUCAUCGAACAGUAUCUUCGAUAAUUUAGCAUAAAUUUUUGCUCAUCGAGAGAAAGAGAGAGAGAGAGAGAGAGAGAGAGAGAGAGAGAGAGAGUAGAGAGAG